CCGCCUAUGGUGCUAGGUGUGUAAUAUUAAUUUUAUAGAAUAUUAAUUUUACUAGGUAUUUAUUAUUUGUAUAAUUUAUAGAAAGGAAAAAAAUGUCAUGCGAGGCGGAAACUCACAAAAAUGAAGAUGACCCUACUUCUUCCUCCAUAAAACAGGCUUCAAUAAAUACCAUGAAAAAUAUCAAUUUAACAACCGUAAAAAAGACAAUACGAGUUAACAUGGAGUACCAAGAUUUGUUGGACGGGUGCACUGAGAUGGUUACUAAUAAUGGCAGACCAUUUUGCGCAGUUGAUGAUUCAGGUUUUAGAAAAAUUAUCAAUCCUCUGUUAAUACAAUUUGGACCUGAAUACACUAUUAACGUGAAAAAAUGUAAAGGAGAACAUCAUAACAAAAGGGAACCUAAUUAUAAAAAAUAUAAGCGAGGAAGUAAAGGGAAAACUUCUUAGCUUAAAAUUAGAUUGUGUGACUCGGCAAAACCUUUCGAUACUAGGGAUAAAUGUCCAGUAUAUGGACAAUAAUGAUGAUGUGGUUCUGAAGACUUUGGCGAUGACACAAAUCGACGUAAAGCAUACUUCGGAAAAUUUAAAACAUGCGGUCUGUGAAGUUUUAAAAAAAUUUAAUAUCUCCAAAAACCAAAUUUUUUCAAUUACUUGUGACAACGCAAAUAAUUUGAUUAAAUUAACAAGAAUUUUGAGAGAACCUGAUGCUACUGAUUUCACAUACAGUGAAUCUGAUAUAGAUUAUGUUAUUGUUGAUGCCAAAGAUGUUACAGACGGUGAACCAAAUAGCUCACAGGAAAUGGAAACUACUAUUUUGGAAGAUGUCAUGUUGGAAACUUUCGCACCUGAUCCUGAGCCACUAACCAAGUGCAUUCGCUGUAGUGCACACACAGUUCAGUGCUGUGUUAUUGAUGCGUUGAAACUAGAGUCAGUGCAAGAAAUACUUAAAAAAGUUAAAAGUAUUGUUAAAAAGUUAAGAACCAAAACCUUUAUAGUGAAACUAAAGAAAAAAGGCCUAAAAAUGCCAAAAAUCGAUAUCGAGCUAAGAUGGAAUACCUCUUAUGACAUGCUAGAUCGAUUCUUGGAGCAUAAAACUUUUUGUAAAAGCAGAGAAGAUAAAUAUCCCGAACUAAAGUUGGAUGAAUGUGAUUGGAUUGCAGUCUCGGGCAUUGUCAAAGCAUUAAAACCUGUUAAAAUAGCUACAAUGGAAUUAAAGGGACGAUCAGUAAAUCUGAGGACUUUCUACUCAGCUUGGUGUAAGCUUAGGGAGUCACUGGUUUUAGUUACAUCGGAUUUAGCAAUGAGUGUAUUAAAUGAAAUGAAUAAAAGACACAGUAAGCUGUUUGAUAUUUUAAUAUACUGUGCUAUGUAUCUGGAUCCAAGUUACCAAGGUAUUUUGACAGUGGAUGCCAAACAGCAGGCCAAACUGCAUUUGGCAAAAACUUGGAAAUUAUUAAGCCAUUUGAACACCCAUGUUAUACCAGCUAAUGUUGAAACUGAGACAAUAAACCAUCCAAAUCUGUCCGAUGAUGACAUGGAUUCACUCGUCUACACCGACUGCAACUACAAGUAUUUCUUCUGUUCCAUCCAUUGA